GCCCAUCCUCGAGCUGCUCGACUCCCGGGUGGUCUCGGCCCACUUCAGCCCAGCCCUGCCCAACUGGUCCCCACACCGCUCCAGCUAGAACGUGGGGCCCACGUGUUUGUGUGGCACUAAAUCGUACGCCGACCGGCCGACCAACCUACCUUCUCGCUUCCUCGUCAACGGGCGUGCCGGGGACGGAGUUGCAAUUCGUUUCCACAUUGUAGACGACGACUUGCCUUUUUUUACUUCUUUUCUUCUCUGUUUCUUUGUUUUAAAAAGAAGGUCAUCCUCCAUUUUCUUCUGUCAAAUGGAGUAACGUUCUUUAAAAAAUGUAUUAGUUGUGGCUAGUGGACGACUUGCCUCCUUCCAGUCUCCUCCAUUUAACAGUAACGUAAUGUUCUUUUCAAAAUGAUAGUUUUAA